AUCGAGCGUGGCAAGCAACAUGAGUAAAUGCAGAGACCCUACGCAAAGUUUUGUCAUGAUUCUUCAGCGUGAAAAAGUCCUCUGCGAAAAGCGCAAAUUAUAUCAGGAAGACUGAUCAGGGUAGAGAUUUGAACCCCGAAGACCACGAUGAGUACUGUUUGUUCAAGCUACUACAACGCUACCAAUGUAUACGUGAACGGAUUCUCGUGUCCUAGACCAGAAAAUGAUGCCCAGGCAAUAUUUUGUUGUGGAUUCAUCGACAUUAAGUAUUGCUGUGAUGACCCAAAUGGCUUUUUCCCAUACGAAUAUGGUUACAUGUGGUGGCUGAGUGUAGGGGCCCUUGUGGGUCUGUCGAUUGCUGCCGUUGUUCUUCUGGCCUUUCUGGUGACUGUGUGCGUCCUCUGCUACUUGUUCAUUGCCACAAAGCCCACGCACCCUGACACUGGUCUGUCCCUGGUGGCACCAGAAUCCACAGCGGCCCCAAGGAAUUCUGGGAUGGCUCCUUCUGCUGGUCCGCAGGGCAUCCGGAAGCUUUUCCAGACCUGUAAGCUGGACUGUGACAGCCAGGCGUCUGACCCUGAGCGCAUCUUCCAGCGCUGCUUUACAGCAACUGUACCCAGGGUGAGUGAAGACGGGCCCUCAUAAGGACCAUCACAGGCGCUGGACCGAAGUGGUCUGAGCAGUGGCUUAGACUGUCAACUAGGUAUGGGGGAGACAACAGCUGGAUCGGACAGCUCAGAACAGCCAAAUCAACAACGCCAUACGCUGCCUUGCUAACACAUCUGCAUCUUCUGUCAGCUCAGUCCAAAAUGGUGCUCCCUCUCCAUAUCUACUAUGGCAUAGAACCUUCAUCGCAUUGCUUGUAUUGCUUCAUCGCAUCCAUUGACUAAAAUGAAAGGGGUCACAUCACAUUAACGAAAGGUGGCUUUUAAAUUUAAAACAAACUCUCCUCAGACUCACCCCAGUUUGGCCUCAAAUAAGGUGGACAGCUGCAUGGACUCUACAAAAGCCUGGUACAACAGAUGUGCCUGAGGCAACUCCAAUCACCUGCCCCAUUUUUAGGAGCGCUACAGCCUUUUCCCCCUUUAAAGCCAGUGGAACUUUCUGAACAAAAUCAAGCUUAGGAGUCAAUAUUCUGAACUGAGUGUAAUUUCCAUCAGCAGAGACAGGUUACUGUGGAAACGCAGGUGCUGUUAGAUGGCCAGUAGAAUCGUAUACCCUGAGCUGGUCAGUUGCCUGUAAACAUUUCACCACCUGUUGCUGUGGGGCCUUUUUCUAUACAGUUUGCAUAGUACUGUGUCAUUGAAAUAUGAACAAGAGCAAAUUUUGUUUGAUUGGCAAGGAUAGGAAUCCAUCUGUUUUCAAAUUAUAGAAACUGUAGUCAUCAAAUUGCAUUUAUCACCACAGAACAAAAACAACUGUUGACAUCGACUUACAAAUAAUAUUUGCUUUGGCCAAAGCACAGAGGUCUUUGUGUGUGUUUGCAUGUAUAUAUAUCUGUGUGUUUCAUGUGGAUAUUUCUACAGGAGAUUCAGAUAUAACUCUCUUGUCAUAGAAAGUGCUUAGAUGCAUUGCAAAUAAUGUCCUAAGAAAUAAUAUCAUCUGGCCAAGAUGUUUUUAUUUUUUGUGUUACAUAUUGUGGUUUGAUGGCAGUUUUCUUGCCUGAGGUUAUUUCACUAUUCUUUGCCUCUGCUCGAGGAAGUGUUGGAUUGUUAGU